CGUCGCCGUCUAAUCCGCCGCCAACGGGAAAUUUUCCACCGCGUUUUGACGGAGAUCUAGCUCAUCUGGUGCUGCUCGACUCGUGGUUUAAAUGAUGGAGGUGGAUCCCGUCUAUAACUUGAAGGAUCGUUUUGGAGCAAAGCGUUUGCGCCUGUUCAUUGAUAAGAAACUUCCUGAGGACAAGCGGGAUGUUAUUGCAAAGAGGAGUGCAUUUAAGAGCAUGCUUAGUGUUGCUCCAUUCACUGUGCCAAAUCGCCUUCUUGAUUUUAUUGUGACACAUACGAGUUAUCAGCUGCGUGAGUUCUGUUAUCAUGGGAAGAGAAUUGUGUUCACUACAGACAUGGUCAGGAAGGUGUUUAAUGUACCAUCAGGUAACAGGGCUGUUGACUUGAUUAACAGGAGUGUUCCAUGCCAGCUGCGUGAUGUUUAUAAGCAGAAUAACCCAAGGCCGCCCAUAAAAAAUGCUGAGAAGGUGUUACUGGAAUGUGACAUUAAAGAUGAGGAAACCAUAGUUAGGAGCUGGGAUCUUCUUGUGCUCGCAACAGUUCUUAACCCAGGCACUGGUAAUAUGUUGUCUAUGGACUAUCUGGGAUGUCUUGCCGACCCUUUCUCCUCAGUGGAGCUAGCUUGGGAUCAGCACAUAUUGGAUGAAUGUAUGUUGCAUGUUAAGAAAAUCCAGGAGAAGAAGGCAAAGCUACGGGCAUGAGGUGUCGUGGGUGGUGAUUUCUGGAUAAGUGGUCCUUUGCCAU